AGCAGAAGCCGCUUCAUUCUCUUGUUUCUCUCCCUGUUGGUGUAUCUGCGCUGCUACUUGUUUUACUCUUUAAUUUAUCGUUAUUUUCUAAUCUUUGUCAGUAAAUCGAAGGAAAGUAAAGAUGCUUUCUACACGCUCUACUCUGUCAACUAUGAACCAGAAGAACCUCGACAGCCAGAUGAACAAAAUGUCGCUGGACAAAGAAAACACGCCUCCCAGUCUGAACAGUACCCGCAUCCUGGCGUCCAAAACGGCGCGGAAGAUUUUCAGCGACGGCGCGUCUCCGUCUCCAAAGAAGCCCAGCAGCUCGGAGGAGCCGCUGCUGAAGGAAAACCCUCGCCGCUUCGUCGUUUUCCCCAUCCAGUACCACGACAUCUGGCAGAUGUACAAGAAGGCCGAGGCGUCUUUCUGGACGGCAGAGGAGGUGGAUCUGUCCAAGGACCAGCUGCACUGGGAGUCUCUGAAGGACGAGGAGCGAUACUUCAUCUCCCACGUCCUGGCCUUCUUUGCUGCCAGUGACGGCAUCGUCAACGAGAACCUGGUGGAGCGCUUCACCCAGGAGGUGCAGGUGACGGAGGCUCGCUGCUUCUACGGCUUCCAGAUCGCCAUGGAGAAUAUUCACUCUGAGAUGUACAGCCUUCUGAUCAACACCUACAUCAAGGAGUCCAGCGAGAGGGACUUCCUGUUCAACGCCAUCGAGACUCUGCCCUGCGUGAAGAAGAAAGCUGACUGGGCUCUGAACUGGAUCGGGAACCAGAACGCCACCUACGGAGAGCGGGUCGUAGCCUUCGCCGCCGUGGAGGGAAUCUUCUUCUCCGGAUCGUUUGCUUCCAUCUUCUGGCUGAAGAAGAGAGGACUGAUGCCGGGCCUGACCUUCAGCAACGAGCUCAUCAGCAGGGACGAGGGCCUCCACUGCGACUUCGCCUGCCUGAUGUUCAAGCACCUUCAGACCAAACCGUCCUCGGAGACGGUGGUCCGGAUCAUCAGGGACGCCGUGGCCAUCGAGCAGGAGUUCCUGACGGAGGCUCUGCCGGUGAAGCUGAUCGGGAUGAACUGUGAUCUGAUGAAGACGUACAUCGAGUUCGUGGCCGACCGGCUGCUGCUGGAGCUGGGCUUCUCCAAGGUUUUCCGGGCCGAGAACCCGUUUGACUUCAUGGAGAACAUUUCUCUGGAGGGGAAGACCAACUUCUUUGAGAAGCGGGUCGGGGAGUACCAGAGGAUGGGGGUGAUGUCGGGCCCCACGGACAACACCUUCAGGCUGGACGCUGAUUUCUGAGACCUCUGUCUCCGGGGGGACCUUGAGUUUCCUCUCGGCUGCCUUGAACAGACUUUUCUAGCCCGGAUAAACCAGACCAGCGUGACUUGGACCUGAACAUCUUUUUGUACAUAAUGUUUGUAGAGCUGAUUUUUAUAUAUUAACUUUUGUAUUUUUCAUGAUUUUAAUAUUUUUGUAAAUACUUUUUUUCACUUUUCAGUCUUUGCCAUUAAAGGCUUGUUGUGUAAAUCA